AAACUCAAAUAUGCUGGAACAUCAGCAUCACUGCCAGAAUAUUGGAAAACCAUUCAAUAUUUGAUCAUGUUGCUGGAUGUCAUGAUGACAUAAACACGUUACAUAACACCGUUAAUGGAGACGGAAACUUUAAACCUCUGAUUUUUAAAGAAUUUUAAGAUGAUGCGACAAGCUGUAAAAACCAACCACCCAGAUUUACCUUGGAACCGUUAGCCGCCUUUUUAGAAAAAACGAAAAGAGGAAUUAGUGUCCACCAACUCUCACUUCGUGAUAAUAUCUGUGUUGAAUAAGACUUUCUUCUGCUUUUAAACACCUGUUUCCUUUGCAUAGGAACAGAACAUCUGUGGUUUCUUUUUGCAGCUCAUAUGAUUGUUGAUUUCUUUGACAGAAGCUUUAACUUUUGAUGAUGCAAAACCAAAUGCAUAGAUAGGAACACAGCAAUAAGCUAUUAAAGAGCAUCGUGGGUUAACAUCAACGGUAAGCCUGCAUAAUUUAGAGAGAUAUUGAGUUGAGAGUUACGCUGAAGCCAGAUUUCCAGAAGUGAGAUGUGAGAGACAGACGCUAGCAGUCCCACUUCCUCUAACAGAUUGUAUAAAACAACAUUCACAUACGUGCAUACUUAAUUACACUGACUGGGAAGAACAUUAAGUUUGUAGAAAUGUCCAAUACUUAUUUUGUAGACAUCUGAAAUUUUAAAAACCUGCUGCAUGAUUCAAGAGAAAAAAAGUACAUCAUCAUCUAGGAUUAAAAAUCUAAAGCAGAUUUCCAUAUUGGGAGUUUGAUACUGGUUCAAGUGAUGCUGUGUGAAGGGAGACUGCUGAGCAUGACCUAUGGUGAGAUGGAGGAGAUGGACUCGCUGCAUCCUCCUCAGACUUUCUAUUGUGCUGGUGGGCGACCUAGAACCUCCCUAACACCCAGCACCUCUGACCCCGCUCCGCUCGUUUCCUACAGCUCCCUGAAGGAAACGGGAGACACAACGAGCCUGAGGGCUUCAGUCGACCUGUACAUCUCUCCCCUUUCGACCUCAUCCCAUCUCCAGGGAGUCUAUCUGGGGAGGCAAAUAUCUUCAGACAUGGAAAUUCCUGCACAACCUCACCGUGAUGGGGGUGACACCGCCCUCUUGGUUCCCUCCUUCUGCCAGACCAUCUAUGAAAACUACAGCGACCUCCAUAUCGGAGGGGAGCAGGUGCUGCCUCUGUCAGCCAAUGACGCCGAUUUGAGGGUAUGUGCUGAAGUGAAGGCUGUGAGGCCGUUCCUACAGUCCUGCGAUGUCCCACUGGCGGUGGAGGACUCUCCUCCAGGACAGCAAGGUCUGCCCAACCUGCUCAGGAGGGGAUCCAACCACUGGAGACAGGCGAGCGGCCGCGAUCGCAGCUUUUUGUUCCAGGGUCACGAGGGUCCCUUCUCCAAUUCCCUUCUGAAUCAUUACCUGGAGGAGAAGCUCUUGGAUCUGUACCAGCAGUACAUGAUGGAGAACAUGGCGAGGCAGGGAGUUCCCGGUACAGAUGACGGUGCCAUUUGCCCACUGCUGGGUUCAGAACUUGUUCUGUCCAGCAUUGACCAGAUCACCCAGCAGCUCAGCCGGGAGGGCAACCUGGAGGCCGGCCUGGCCAAGGACAUGGUUCUGAGCUGCUUGCUGAGGGUGGCCAGCGACCUGCAGUCGGGUGAGAUCAGCACGCCUUGCCUGCAGAUUUCAACCGAGGCCUCCGGGGAGCAGCUCACAGAGAGUACACGAGACUAACCACAAAGCUUAAAAGCUCACUUUCUGUUCUCCUUUACACCUAAGUUUGGUUAUUGCUGUUCUGGAGAGUGAAAACCUAGAAUAGACGUAGAUAAGCAGCUUUCCAUGUCUUGAGUUUGUCUUUCUAACUUUCAAUAAAUAGAAAAUGAAAACUAAAA